AACCUUUCUGGCGCGGUGCGGCGCGCCAGUUAUCGCGUCACUUCCGGCGGGGCGGAGGAGGCGGGAGAGGGAAAGGCUGGAAAACGAGGAUGUUUCCUCGGUGAGAGGAAGGCUUCUGCACGAUGGCGGUUUUUGAUACUCCUGAGGAGGCCUUCGGCGUCUUACGCCCCGUCUGCGUUCGGCUCACCAAGACGCAGACAGUGGAGAACGUGGAGGAGCUGCGGGCGCAGUUACAGACCGUGAGUGACUCUGCGCUUCAGGAACUUCAGCAGUACGUGCUCUUCCCUUUGCGGUUCACCCUGAAGACCCCGGGUCCCAAAAGGGAGCGCUUGAUCCAGAGCGUGGUGGAGUGCCUCACCUUUGUCCUCUCCUCGACAUGUGUGAAGGAGCAGGAGCUUCUCCAGGAACUCUUCUCGGAGCUCUCCAGUUGUCUCUACUCCCCCGGCUCCCAGAAGCCCGCCGCUGUGUCUGAGGAGCUGAAACUGGCCGUGGUCCAGGGCCUCAGCACGUUAAUGCACUCCGCUUAUGGGGACAUCAUUCUGACCUUCUACGAGCCCUCCGUUCUGCCUCGCUUAGGGUUUGCAGUGUCUUUAGUGUUAGGCCUAGUGGAACAGGAGAAAUCAAAGCACAUUAAAAUUGCUGCCUUAAGAUGUUUGCAGGUCCUACUCCUUCAGUGUGACUGUGAUGACCACCCGAGGUCCUUGGACGAGCUUGAGCAAGAGCAGCUGGGGGACUUGUUUGCUUCUUUUUUACCCGGAAUCUCAACCGCGCUGACCAGGAUCAUCACAGGAGACUUCAAACAAGGGCACGGCAUUGUUGUAUCUUCCCUAAAGAUCUUUUACAAGACGGUGGGCUUCGUCAUGGCUGAUGAACAGCUCAGAAGAAUCUCAAAGGUUCAGGCAAAGCCUGCGGUGGAGCACAGAGUAGCAGAGCUGAUGGUUCACAGGGGGGCUGACUGGGUAAAAAACACUGGUGACAAGCUGACUGUCCUUAUUAGAAAGGUGACUGAGUGGGUUUCGGUUCACCCGCACUGGAAGGUGAGGCUGGAGCUGAUAGAAUUUGUCGAGGCCCUUCUUUUGAAGUGCAGUCAGUCACUGGUCGAGUCGGCCGGCCCCCUUCUGAAGGCUUUGGUGGGUCUGCUCAACGAUGAGAGUCCCGAAGUCCAAGCCCGGUGCAACGAAGUCCUGAGACAUCUUGCAGACCAGAAGGCAGUGGUGGGCAGCAGAGCCUUGGCUGACAUCUUGUCGGAAAACCUGCACUCCCUGGCCACCUCUCUUCCCCGCCUAAUGAACUCCCAAGACGAUCAGGGCAAAUUCUCCACUCUUUCCUUGCUGCUCGGUUAUCUGAAACUCUUGGGCCCCAAAGUGAACUUCGUCCUCAACUCUGGGGCCCAUCUCCAGCGCCUUUCCAAAGCCCUUGUCCAAGUUCUAGAACUGGACGUGGCUGAUGUCAGAGUUGUUGAAGAGCGGCGUUGGAGCUCGGAUCAUCUGAGUGCCUCUCCAGAGAGCGUAGCCGCACGGCCAUCGAGUCAGAUCCAGAGGAGGUAUUUCCGCUUCUUCACUGAUGACAGGGUUUUCCUGCUCCUGCAGCAGGUCUGUCAGCUCCUCGGGUUUUACGGGAACCUCUAUUUGCUUGUCGAUCACUUUACGGACCUGUACCGUGAAUCUGUGGUUUACCGAAAGCAGGCCGCCAUGAUCCUUAAUGAAUUGGUUGCAGGGGCUGCUGGGCUGGAAGUGGAAAAUCUUCACGAAAAUCAUAUUAAGACAAGCCCAGAGGAACUGAGAGAGAUCGUGACAUCACUACUUGAAGAGUACACAAGCCAGGAAAACUGGUAUUUGGUCACUUGUAUGGAAGCUGAAGAAGUGGAGGAGGAGCUAACAGUAAAGCAGUCAGGCCUCCAGGCCAUCACAUCUGGUGCCCACACCUGCCAAGUUACAUCUUUUCCAGCCUUCUCAAAGCCAAGCCCCACGAUUUGCUCCAUGAACAGCAACAUCUGGCAAAUAUGCAUCCAGUUGGAAGGGAUUGGCCACUUUGCACAUGCACUAGGAAUGGAUUUCCAGUUGCUCUUGAUGUCGGCCCUCUAUCCAGUUCUGGAGAAGGCCGGAGACCAAACCCUGCUCAUUAGCCAGGCAGCUACCAGUGCCAUGAUGGACAUUUGCCAUGCCUGUGGCUACGACUCCCUGCGGCACCUGAUCAAUCAGAAUUCAGACUAUUUGGUAAAUGGGAUCUCCUUAAAUCUGCGUCAUCUGUCUCUGCACCCGCAUACCCCAAAGGUCUUAGAAGUCAUGCUGCGGAACUCUGAUGCUAGCCUGCUCCCUUUGGUGGCAGAUGUGGUUCAAGAUGUCUUGGCUGCCCUUGAUCAAUUUUAUGAUAAGAGAGCUACUUCCUUUGUCAGUGUUCUGCACGCCCUGCUGGCAGCACUAGCCCAGUGGUUCCCAGACACAAGCGAUCUUGGGCAACUCCAAGAGCAAAGUGUAGGGGAGGAGGGAAGUCACUUGAGCAAAAGACCGGCAGCUCUUGAAAAAGGACCCGAGAAUCUCACCACAGCCGAAGACAUCGAACAGUUUCUGCUCAACUACCUCAAGGAAAAGGACGUGGCCGAUGGAAAUGUCACAGAUUUUGAUGAGGAAGAGGAGCAGUCAGACCCUCCCAAAGUGGACGAGAAGGACACCGGUCCCCAUGUGAAGCCACCGCUGCCACUGCAGAUCCAGAUAGCCACAGACGUGAUGGAGCGCUGCAUCCACUUGUUAUCGGAUAAAAAUCUGAAAAUCCGCCUGAAGGUCUUGGACGUGCUGGGCCUGUGUGUGGAAGUCCUGCAGGCUCACAGGGACCAGCUCCUUCCCAUGGCUCACCGGGCCUGGCCUGCGCUUGUGCACCGGCUCACAAACGACGACCCCCGGGCAGUGCUCAGAGCCUUCAAGGUGCUGCGUACCCUGGGGGGCAAGUGUGGCGACUUCCUCCGCAGCCGGUUCUGCAAAGAUGUCCUGCCAAAGCUGGCCAGCUCCUUAGUCACCCAGGCUCCCGUCAGUGCCCGGGCUGGACCGGUUUACUCCCACACGCUGGCCUUCAAGCUGCAGCUGGCCGUCUUGCAGGGCCUGGGCCCCCUCUGCGAGAGACUGGACCUAGGUGAGGGCGACCUGAAUAAAGUGGCUGAUGCCUGCUUGAUUUACCUCAGCGCCAAACAGCCUGUGAAAUUACAAGAGGCUGCCAGGAGGGUUUUCCUCCACUUGAUGAAGGUGGACCCGGACUCCACCUGGUUCCUGCUGCACGAGCUUUACUGCCCUGAGCAGUUCAUACCCCCCCACCCCUCCCUGCACCCUGUGCAGCUGCGGGGGGCCACGGGGCAGCCGAACCCCUACGCGGCCAGCGUGCUCCUCCUGCUCCGGGAGCUGCAGGGCGCCGAGUCGAGCCCCCUCCCCAGCCUGCAGACGGGGGCCGGCCCCACCCGGCCGAAGGCCGUGGCAGCCGCAGAGAGGACUGCGAAGGUGGAUUAGACAGCCGAUCGAUUUAUAAAUUGAUCGAUCACGCAACUGCUUAGAAAUUGGAUUGAAGGAAAGUAGCUGACUGUUAUUUACAUUUCAUACUCGGUGUUUUCCGAUGACAUUGUCUGGCAGCUCUUAAGGGCUUAACUCCUUAGCUCACUGUCCCCGAGGCCCCAGCCGCCUCACAGGCCAGCCCUCACAGGGCCCCCACACACGCCAGAGCUCGCGGACACGGGGGGCGGAGGCCUGUCCUGCACCCCGGGACCCCGAGGACCACGAGGCAGUGUCACUCCGGGAGUCCACAGACACGCGCCUCCCUCACCGCAAGUGCUGAGACGGAGCUCUCUGCACUUAACCUGUUCUUUGGAAGAGAAUGAAAUAAAGACACUUCUUGGAUGAAAAUAUGAUCAAGGGCUCACUUUGAAGUUUUUCAUAUAAACUGGGUGACUUU